AUGGCGCUGGGCGUGGUGUUCCACGGCGCGCAGCUGGCGCUGGAUCUGGCGGUGGCCGGGAUGUCGCUGGCGGUGGCGCUCGCCUUCUUCGCCCUCGUCACCACCGUGCUAUGCUCCGCGGCGUUCCUCCACCACUCUAAACCCACCGCGGCGUCCUGUCCACCUGUUGAGGACUGUGGUAUCUCUAUAUUCCAGUUUGGGCCAUUCAUAUACUACUCAAGAUUAUCCUGUCUGAGUAACUUUGAAUCUUUGAUGUAUGAAGAUUCCUUUUCAGUUGAAUUGUGUAUGUUCAAGGUUUCCAUAGAAAGGAUUCUGUACAAAGAUGAAUAUUACAAGGCACACAUUAUGAGCAGUGAUAAUGAACUAGCAUUUAUCAUGACAGUUGACAUUGUAGAUUUGUUAGAAGGAGGUGCUUUAAUCGACUGCUUUAGAGCACUUGCAGAUGCAAAGAGUAGUCGAUUGCACACAUCAGCCACUGCCAACAUUACUCCCUUUGCUGCCAUUGGCUUUGAGAUCAUCACUAUUCACUGGGGAGCCCAGCCUGAGAAGAGCAUCCAAGCCCUCUCGUCUCUCUCUUCAAAGGGCAGACAAUGCAGGGUAGGGGUUGAAUUCCAUGAGGCUAAGAACUAUACAAGGUGGUUGCUUGUGACUGUGGAAGCUGGUCAUGGGGCUGAAGAAAGGAUGGCAGUGCCUUUAAAUUGGAAAGGCAGCCUAUCCUUCCAACUGUUCCUCAUAACUUUCUCAACUAUUUCUGUACCUUCUGUUGCUACCAAAGCCAGGGGGAAAACAUUUGCUUGCAAUGCAGUGUUCCAGGAGUAUGCUGGAAUGAAGGGGGACGAGAAUGCAAAUGGCGGCCACUGUCUAGUUAACUGGCAAACGGUUACCAGGCCGAAAGACAUGGGAGGGUUAGGGGUCCCGGACCUCGAAAGAUUUGGGCGAGCCCUCCGUUUACGAUGGCUAUGGCACGAUUGGGUGGACGACUCCAAAUCUUGGAGCGGCUCAGAGCUUCCAUGUACUGAGGAUGACCGCCUUCUCUUCAACUCCUCAAUCAUUAUUUCCUUGGGGGAUGGUGCAAAGACAAAGUUUUGGCACCACGGUUGGCUCGAUGAUCAAGCUCCUAAGUACCUAGCCCCCAACUUAUUCCGCCUACUCUCAAGGACAAACCGAACGGUGCAGCAAGAGCUCCGAAACAACAAUUGGAUGCAUAAACUUGCAAGGAAAAUCACCUCGCCCAUCCACAUAGAGGAGUUUGUGUCCCUCUGGAUACGCAUACAGUGA